AUGGCGGAACAACUUAUCCUCAAGGGCACCCUCGAGGGCCACAGCGGCUGGGUCACCUCUCUCGCAACUUCUCUUGAGAACCCAAAUAUGCUCUUGUCUGGUUCCCGCGACAAGUCCCUCAUCAUCUGGAACUUGACCCGGGAUGAGACUUCAUACGGAUACCCAAAGAGAUCUCUCCACGGACACUCCCACAUUGUCUCUGACUGUGUGAUCUCUUCCGAUGGUGCUUACGCUCUUUCCGCAUCCUGGGACAAGACUCUCCGCCUUUGGGAGCUUGCCACUGGUACCACCACCCGCCGAUUUGUUGGACACACCAACGACGUCCUCUCCGUUUCCUUCUCUGCCGAUAACAGACAAAUUGUCUCCGGAUCCCGCGACCGCACAAUCAAGUUGUGGAACACUCUCGGUGACUGCAAGUUCACCAUCACUGAGAAGGGACACGCCGAUUGGGUUUCAUGCGUUAGAUUCAGCCCUAACCCACAAAACCCAGUCAUUGUCUCCUCUGGAUGGGACAAGCUCGUCAAGGUCUGGGAGCUCAGCUCUUGCAGAUUGCAAACCGACCACAUCGGACACACCGGUUACAUCAACACCGUCACCAUCUCCCCAGACGGAUCCCUCUGCGCUUCCGGUGGAAAGGACGGAACCACCAUGUUGUGGGACUUGAACGAGUCUAAGCACCUCUACUCCUUGAACGCUGGUGAUGAGAUCCACGCCCUCGUUUUCUCCCCCAACAGAUACUGGCUUUGCGCCGCCACCUCCAGCAGCAUCAUCAUCUUCGAUUUGGAGAAGAAGAGCAAGGUUGAUGAGUUGAAGCCAGAGUUCCAAGCUGUUGGCAAGAAGAGCAGAGAGCCAGAGUGUGUCAGUUUGGCAUGGAGCGCGGACGGACAAACUUUGUUCGCAGGUUACACAGAUAACAUCAUUCGGGCUUGGGGUGUUAUGUCGAGAGCUCACAUUGAUUCGGGAUGUCAAGACUUCAUUGACACAGUCUCUCCUCCACUUACUCAGCAGAAUGCAUUUGUUUCACAGAAACCAGCUUCCACGCAGAAGCCUUCCGUCUCCAACUUCUUUUUGACACCUGCGACUAAAAAAACAGCAUUGCAUCCUACCCCAAAGAUAGAACCCAAUUCAACGCCCAAUUUUCAACAAAAAGUGCAGAAUGGAAAUACAACUACGAAGCGGCAAGAAGAUGGGAGUGCGAGUGGAUCCCUGACUGUUCAGCAGAAGAGAUCAUUUGACGAUGCCGAGACAGAGAUACAGAGGGAAAAUGAGACUGUUGAUCCGCCGGUGAAGAAGACUAAGACCAAUGCCUUUCAAAAGGUCGCUCCGCUAGCAGAACGAAUGCGUCCGAGAAGUCUAGACGAAGUAUGUGGACAAGAGUUAGUUGGACCACACGGAGUUUUACGCAGUCUCAUUGAACAAGAUCGUGUCCCAUCAAUGAUACUGUGGGGUGGCGCUGGUACGGGUAAAACUACAAUUGCACGGUGUGUGGCUGCGAUGGUAGGAAGCCGGUUUGUCGAGAUCAAUAGUACAUCUACUGGGGUGGGGGAAGUGAAAAAGAUAUUUGCUGAGGCAAGAGGAGAACUGGGGCUUACUGGGAGGAAGACAAUAAUAUUUUGCGAUGAGAUCCAUCGAUUUUCGAAGAGUCAGCAGGAUGUAUUUCUUGGGCCUGUGGAGAGUGGGCAGAUUACUUUAAUAGGAGCUACGACCGAGAAUCCGUCUUUCAAAGUCCAGAAUGCUUUACUGUCUAGAUGUCGGACAUUCACAUUAUCGAAGUUGACGGACGAUGACAUAUUGGAGAUAUUAGAGCGGGCUUUGAAGACCGAGGGGCCAAAUUAUACUCCUGCAGAUCUUGUGGACACAGAGCUCUUGAGGUAUCUAUCUGCCUUCUCUGACGGUGAUGCUCGGACGGCCCUGAAUCUCCUAGAGCUAGCAAUGGGCUUGUCUACAAGACCCAAUGUCACUAAGGAAGAUAUCAAGGCCUCCCUUACCAAGACGCUGGUGUAUGAUAGAGCUGGCGAUCAACAUUAUGAUACUAUCUCUGCUUUCCACAAGUCAGUAAGAGGUGGUGACGCAGAUGCUGCUCUAUACUACCUUGCAAGAAUGCUUCAAUCCGGAGAAGACCCGCUUUACAUAGCUAGGCGGAUGGUGGUUAUGGCAUCAGAAGAUAUAGGACUGGCCGACAACACCAUGCUAACGCUCGCAACCAGCACAUACACUGCGUGCGAGAAAAUCGGUAUGCCUGAAUGUCGAAUCACAAUGGCUCAUGCUACUGUGGCUUUGUGCUUAGCCCCCAAAAGUACCAGAGCAUAUAGAGGAUUAAACAACGCAUAUUCUGCCCUGAGGGAACCUGGGGUAGCUAGUUUAAGCAUCCCGAUUCAUUUGAGAAAUGCACCUACGAAGUUGAUGAAAGAGUUGGGGUAUGGAGAUCAGUACAAAUACAAUCCUAAUUACAAGGAGGGAAGAGUAGUUCAAGAAUACUUACCCGAAGAAUUGCGAGGCAGGAAGUUUUUAGAGGAUAGGGAUUUGGGGACAGAGAUUGAUCCAGGUGCUUGGCCUUGA